CCUCCCGAAACGGGCGUGGACAAAAAUUCCAGUAUCUUUAAAUAAGAGAACCGUUCAAACUUAAGUCACAUAGCCUACUAGGUUUAUCUGAGACAAGAGGAAGAAGCAACGAGGCAUAUUUCGGAAUUGCGUUGGACAUUUCUGAACACUUUAAGUGCAACCAUACGCAAAACCCCGUGAAGGAAAUGGAGACCCUGCACGAGAUCAUCCCGUUCGCUAAGGAGAUGAUGAGCCAGAAGCCUAGCCGCGGCAUGGUGAAGGUGUACGCGGUGGGAACCGUGCUAGCGUUCUUCGGCGUGGUGAUUGGCCUGGUAGAGACCAUUUGCCGGUCUUUCUCGCCACGGGAGCCGAUAGACGAAGAGUUAGCGCGGUUGAUCGCUCGCGAGCAUCGCCUUCAGAAGCACAAGGAGAUCGAGAUCGAACUGACGGAGACUUCAGCGGCCUCAGAGGCUGGAGCCGUAUCCAAGCAACAAGUAGCAGCAGUGCAGAGGAACACGGCCAACCGCCUACAUGCUUCAUAAAAUCCACUGACAACUGUAUUUAUAGAACUUUGUGCUUACUUGCCAUGAAUAUAAGCCUACUGUAUAUGACUUAUAUAAACGGACAGGACAAAUAAGGGAAACAAUAGCGAUGGCUAUUAUCUUCGUUAUCUGACCUGUUUCACCGAAUAGCUAAACUUGAACUAUGUUGUGCUGCUUUGGGGAUGCGCCGCAGUCCCGUGUCUGAAUAUUGCCUGUCAGUUAGAGUACACAGAUGCGAGGGCUGACCUCCAGCCCAGUGCAACGCAGAGACGCUUGCUGCCGUGCAGCUGAUGCUUGAAGACGUUUACAGCAGACGGUCACACUCCUUACCUCUGCGAAUGAUUACUUUUAUACUUAGAGGGAGAAAAAUAGCUGAAUGAUGUAUUUGUAUAUUCUUUUUGCAACGCAAUAAAUGCAUAUUUUUAUUUACA